UCACCCAUUUUAAAGGUCAUAAAAACAUAUGACCCAAUUUUGAAAAAAAAUGUGAAAGACCCGUUCAUUGAUAUUAUGAUUGUGUGAAGUUAUAGUAUGUCCGUUUAUUUUCCUUCUCUUCUUACUCAAGUUUUUUUCUCUAUGUUCUUUUCUUUCUUUGCGUCUUAUUUUUUCUAGCAUGAUGAGUUCAUGCAAGCAAUAACUUGAACGCAACCCCCAAUUAGUGAGAUGAAGAGAGAAGGAUGUGUGAAGAAGAGUGAGAGAGGGAGAGAGGAAGUGAGAUAGAGAAAUUGGGAGAUGGUGUGAGUGUGAGAGAAAGAAGCAAGAGAUAUUGAGAAAACAAUGGCAUGAGUGGUUUAGAAGGGCAAGACCGUGAGAUAAGGGCGAGACUUGCUAAACAAAUAGCAACGAGGCUAGGAGGAGAGCAACACCAAGCACACAUAGUUUUUGCACGAGAGGUACACCAGUUUGAGCGAGAGCUGUAUUUUGAGAAUUUUACACGAAUUUUUAACGCCGCCGGACCAACUUCCCCCAGCGUUGCAGACCUCAUCAAGCUUUGAUGAACCAACUUUGCAGCGGUGGAGACUAUAGACUCCGAUGACCAGUCCUUGCGCAUCAGACCGACGUGCUAUGGCACUUUUCCCACUGAUCUAACUCACGACGCGAGCGCCGCUCCUAACGCCUUUUCCCAGACCUUUGUAACAAUGUUCCUCUAUGUUUCAAUGAGUUUCGGCGUUGACCGAUUUGCCCUCAAAUCAGUUUACUCACAAACAUAUGCAAGUUCGGGUGUCUUCAAACUCCAACCAGCAACAUUCAGAACCGUAUGAGUAAGAUUUGAUGAAGGAUCAGGUGAUAGUUCAGAAAGAAGUGGGGUUUGGCGUUCUAGUGCAAGACAUCAAAUGCUGUUUAUCUUAGGAUUUGAUAGUUUGACUUAGAAAUUGUUUUAAUAAUUUGCUUCCACUCAUUUGUGUAAGUUGUAAAAGUUUAUAAUGGUUAUGUUCCCACAUUGCUAUUUUAAUAGAUGUAUUGGAAAAUAUGGGCGGCCGUUAGCGCUUUCUCCUUCUAAACUCAAAACAUUAAGCUGUUUCCUCUUUGCUGCAAAGUAUGGCACUCCUUGUGCCUUCGUGGAGUCAAAUACGGCGGAAAGCCAAGAUUGGGACCCCUGCACUGCCCCUUUCACUGGUGUCCUUCAAGAUGAAGACCUUCUUCGAACGACCCACAUUUCUUCUUCUGGUACUUCCUCUAAUUCUACUGGGCUCUAUGUUCUGGACCUCAUCAACUGUGGUUCUUUAGAACCUGAACGAACACUUUACAGUAAAAUGCUAAACAAAUGCACAUACUUGCGCAAACUUAAGCAGGGCAGAGCCAUUCAUGCCCACAUCCAGAGUUCUACGUUUGAGGAUGAUCUGGUACUUCUCAAUUUUAUCUUAAACAUGUAUGCGAAAUGUGGCAGUCUUGAGGAGGCACAGGACCUGUUUGAUAAAAUGCCUACAAAAGACAUGGUUAGUUGGACUGUGCUGAUCAGUGGCUAUUCUCAGAGCGGGCAAGCAUCUGAAGCUCUUGCUUUGUUCCCUAAGAUGCUCCACCUGGGCUUCCAACCCAAUGAGUUCACUUUGUCUAGCCUGUUGAAGGCUUCUGGUACUGGCCCUAGUGACCACCAUGGCAGGCAACUUCAUGCAUUCUCCCUCAAAUAUGGCUAUGAUAUGAAUGUUCAUGUUGGAAGUUCAUUGCUCGAUAUGUAUGCUAGGUGGGCGCAUAUGCGAGAAGCCAAAGUGAUUUUUAACAGCCUGGCUGCAAAAAAUGUGGUGUCUUGGAAUGCUCUAAUUGCUGGUCAUGCUCGGAAGGGUGAAGGGGAGCAUGUGAUGAGGUUGUUUUUGCAGAUGCUAAGACAGGGUUUUGAACCUACACAUUUUACAUACUCUAGUGUUUUUACUGCCUGUGCGAGCUCUGGAUCUUUGGAGCAAGGCAAAUGGGUUCAUGCCCAUGUAAUAAAAUCUGGUGGACAGCCCAUUGCUUAUAUUGGAAACACUCUCAUUGACAUGUAUGCUAAAUCAGGCAGCAUCAAGGAUGCAAAGAAAGUCUUCCGGAGGUUGGUUAAACAGGAUAUUGUUUCGUGGAACUCGAUUAUAUCGGGAUAUGCACAACAUGGACUGGGAGCUGAAGCUUUACAACUAUUUGAACAGAUGUUGAAGGCCAAGGUUCAACCUAACGAAAUUACUUUUCUCUCUGUUCUUACUGCUUGUAGCCAUUCGGGGCUUUUGGAUGAAGGGCAGUAUUAUUUUGAAUUGAUGAAGAAACACAAGAUAGAAGCACAGGUUGCACAUCAUGUAACAGUUGUUGAUCUUUUAGGUCGAGCAGGACGGCUUAACGAAGCCAACAAGUUCAUAGAGGAAAUGCCUAUCAAACCUACUGCAGCUGUCUGGGGAGCCUUGCUUGGUUCUUGCAGGAUGCAUAAGAAUAUGGAUUUGGGUGUUUAUGCUGCCGAACAGAUUUUCGAGCUUGACCCCCAUGACUCAGGUCCUCAUGUACUGUUGUCUAAUAUUUAUGCUUCUGCUGGUAGAUUGAGUGAUGCAGCAAAGGUAAGGAAGAUGAUGAAAGAGAGUGGGGUAAAGAAAGAACCUGCCUGUAGUUGGGUUGAAAUUGAGAAUGAAGUCCAUGUGUUUGUGGCAAAUGAUGAUUCACAUCCAAUGAGAGAAGAAAUACAGAGGAUGUGGGAGAAAAUAAGUGGGAAAAUUAAAGAGAUUGGGUAUGUGCCAGACACAAGCCAUGUGCUUUUCUUCAUGAACCAGCAGGACAGAGAAUUAAAGCUACAGUACCAUAGUGAGAAGUUAGCAUUAGCAUUUGCAGUCUUGAAAACUCCUCCUGGAUUAACCAUUAGGAUUAAGAAGAACAUUAGAAUUUGUGGUGAUUGCCACUCUGCAUUCAAGUUUGCUUCUAGAGUCUUAGGAAGAGAAAUCAUCGUAAGAGACACCAACAGAUUUCACCAUUUCCUUCAUGGCAUGUGUUCUUGCAGGGACUAUUGGUAGCUUAUAAGUUCUUCAUUACUAACAUCAGUCAUUUUAUACCCUCAAUAUGUGCUCUCCUAAAAGAUUCGAGAUGUUAGUUUAUAACUUCAAAGGACUGAGUUCAAACUUACCAAGAAGAACCCCAAGUCUCAAAGGUUGGUUAAAGGAACAUGGUUCUCUUAUCUAACAUCAAAUCUUGAACUCCAUUUUUUAUGGUUGUCUAGGUUAGUUGUACAAGAAUAUAUAUAAUACAAGAAAGUUCAAAUAAGCAAAAGUGUCAACAAUUGAUUGGUGAUGUUAAAUUAAGGACGAUCUUCCAAUUGGAACCUCUUGGGUUAUAUUGAUUGUUAUUUCUUUGUUAAUAAUAAUCCAAUAGGUGCAUGCUGUUUGCUAGUCUCUAAUUCGUUUGUAGAUCUGAUGAUGCCUUGCCUCUACCCCAAUGUGAAGAAGAAAUGAGAAGCCAUUCAAAUUCUGCUCC